AUGGAAACGAUGAGCGUUGGUGAGCUGGCCGCUUCUCAACUCGGCCUUCCGCAUUACGAAGAGGAAACACCCAGAGAAACCCCAAUCGGUUUACCAAUUCUCAAUUUGAAGAACGAGCACGACUCCUACGAGGUUUAUGUGAUCGAGGAGACUGAAGAAGCCGAGAGUUUACAUCAAGCGGCCACUAUGGCCGGCUUCUACAAUUCUCGCUUUUUCCAUGAGUACGUGCAAAUGAAUAAAGCGGACGUGAAAGUCGGCGAGUACCGAUCGGCAUUUCGAAUAGAGGACAGCGAGCGGAAUCUAUCGCUUUUCGCCGUCACCCGCCGGGACGGUUUCGUGCUCGCCGAGUUAAGCACCGAACAUCUGGCGAAUGUCGCCGAGCAACUAGCCAAGUUACACGCAAUCAGCGUCUUCGACCCGAAUCUCGAAUUUUGCCAAACGGUCAUGGAGAACUAUCAGGUGAUCUCCGAAUAUCGAGCCGAAGUCUUGCGCUCAACACUGAACGAGGCGCGUCAACUUUUCCAAGGCGAACACAAGCACUUUUUCCAGAAACCCGACUGGAUUUCGGGUGAACUAGAGCAGCACUCACAAUGGUUGUCGGAUCGGUCGACGGAGGACGAGACAGGACUCGGGGCAUUGGUUCUCUGCCACGGGAAUCUCACCGCGGAAUCGCUUCGCUUCACACAAGACGGAGAGCAUUUAGUGUCGAUCGUCGAUUGGGAGAACGUACAUUUCGGGGAUCCGGCUUUCGAUUUGUCUCAUCUGAUCAUCACCUCAGCUUCUCCAGAAAUCAGAAGGAAUCAUUUCAUGAAAGUUUUCCGUACCUAUUUCUACACGCUAAUCGACAUUCGAGCCCAGAAAUUCAAGUUGAGCGACCUAAAAACUUCUUUUCGACGCUUCCACCGCGAAAUCCUCUUGAAUGGAUUGAGGCCACUUUUGGAUUUGCUUUCUUCCGAUGUCGAUGAUGCGUUGAAGAGGUCAUCUGCCGCUCGUUGGGAGGAUUGUGCAGAAGAAACGGCUUCAUUUCUCUCCGGUCAGUACAUCUCCGAUGAGGAACAAUGCUUUUUCGCGAAA